CCGAGGUCAGAGGUGGGCUGAGCAGCUAAGUUCUCUUAGACUGCAGAAACAGGACCAUUUCCCCAGAACCCUUCAACUCAGCAUCGUAUUUGGAUAGUCUGCUGGGCUUCCUGUACACCCGUGUAUUCUCACUGAGUAUCUUGAAAGCAUUUUGGCCAGCACCACAGCCAAAUCUCUGUUUUCUGUUUGGAGCUAUUGGCCUGACUUCAGACUCCACCCCAUCAGCAGCUUACCUGUCACACUAGCGCAGAUGCUGCAGUUCCAGCUUGUAGUGGUGCAUUUGGCCCUUGUGAUUACCCUGCUGCAGCGGCACUCUAGCUCAGUGCUCCUCGUGGAGGCAGCUCCAGAGCCUUUGGAGCCUUCCCCUGCUCUGGGCAUGGGAGUACAUCCCAUUGCCAGUGAAGAGAAGUCAGCCACCGACCUGGCAGCCAAACUGCUCCUUCUUGAUGAGCUGGUGUCUCUGGAGAAUGAGGUGAGCGAGACCAAGAAGAAGAGAAGUUUCCCAGGAUUUGGCUCACCGAUUGACAGGAUUUCUUCGACCUCUGUGGACGCUAAAGGCAAACAGAGGAAAGUGGUUGAGCUGCCUAAGAGACGGUUUGGAGUUCCUCUCGACCGGAUUGGAGUGAGCCGUCUCGGCAACACCAAGGGUUAGCAGCUCCUGCAAGUGCUUCUGUUCUGAAUGACUGAUGCUGUAUUGGAAACAUUACAGAAAUACAGAAGAUGCAUCACAGCAUGACAGGACUGUCAUUGACUAAUGAUUCAACACUCAAGGAACUGAUCUCCUGCAAAAUCUGUUUCACGUUGCAUUUUACAAAUGUUGCAUUUACAAAUAACAACAAAUUCAAUUCAUCGGGUCAGAACGCUCUCACAGUUGUGCACAGUGCCACUGAUAGGAGGGAACAGAAAAUAUGUAUAUAGUUUAAUUGCAUGGCAUUUAUUUCUUAGACUCGCAGAAGUUCAUUAUCCUAGCAAGGACUGUCAGAUUUUUCGGAUUGAAAAUAAAACUUCCAGAGAUGCCAACAGCAGUCCAUGAAAAGCAGACAGUUUGCUUUGCACAUUUCUUUCAAGAGGGUGUGUGUUUGGUAGAUGAAGGGAGGAUUUAACAGUUAUGGGACAAGCCCAGAAUUUAUUUGAACUGCUGUCUGGGAGAAGAUGUCUACUGACUUCACUAGGAGUUAGUCUGAAUAAGAACUAUGAUGAUACCUUAGUAUUUGUCCUGAUGUUUUUAGUAAUCUUUCUCUUAUCUCUGCACCAUAUUUAGACAUGUUUUCAUUGUAUGGGAGAUCCUGAAAUGUGGUGAGACUUCUAGUUUCCUCCUUUAAGCUGAUGAAUACAUUUCACUCCUCCCUAUGCAUAACAUAGGAAAGCAUCCAAAGAUGAAGUCAUUACUUCCUAGGCCAUCUGCAUCAUAUGCCUUAUUUUAGCCUCUUGAUGAGUGCAUGGGGCAUAAUCAGAUAGACAUCCAAUUCUAAAAGUACAAGAAUUUCUCACUCUGGUAAAAUGUAAACAUCUCCUCUCCA